GAAAUCGAAAUUAAAUCGAAGAAUGGCGGAACUCAAAAACGCCUCAUAAAACAUUUGAUUAGGGUCGAAUUUCCAAAGCUGAAAAAACCCAGAAAUCAAAAACCAGUAGAGAGAGAAAGUAAAGAGGAGAGAGAAAAUCAUGGGGUACGUUCUUAGAGUAAGGUUGGCUUCAUUCUUUGCAGGCGCAGCUGUAGCUUCAUCUGCUGGUCUUUACAUCCUUUACAAAGAUUACAAGCUUGCCCAUCAUUCCAUCUCUGACCAGAUGAAACGUCUUCACGAUUCUCUGGAUACGCGUGUCUCUGCUCUGGAGAAGUUAAAACAACCUGAAACUCCUCGACAAGAAGUGGAAGCAACAGAAGAGUUGUCAUAGAGGUUUUUGACUGAUUCUGAUGUUGUACACUGUCAGAUGCAGCAAUUUUUCUUGAAUACCAUGUCAAAACGAGGUUUAUAGAAGGGUUGUUUUUCCCCUGAAGUAUAAAUAAUAAUCAUGACCUUUUUUCUCUUUGUUAAUUGUUAAUCAGGCAGUUGUGUUUAUUGUCAAGGAGUUGGUUGUGCUCUAUUUUUACACUUAUGUAUCAACUGUCGGAGGCUGUCAUUGACAGUAGGUUUUUUUUAAUGAAAGCAUCUUGUCCAAUUUACCAUUA